AUGGCGAAUGCAAACGAAAACCACAUUACGGCGUCUGUCGCUAUCAAACUGCCGGAUUUUUGGAAAACAGAUCCGGCCAUGUGGUUUGCCCAAGCCGAGGCACAGUUCCAUUUAGCAAAAAUCGUUAAUGAUGAGACUAAGUUUUACCACAUCGUGGCGAAAGUGGACCAAUCAGUCAUUUGUCAUAUAUCUGAUUUGGUAGCAGCGCCUCCGGAACAAAAUAAGUAUAAAACCGUCAAGGAACGUUUAAUUUCCCGCUUUGCGGUAUCCGCUGAAAGCCGCCUCGAACAGCUGCUAGGAGCCCAAGACCUCGGUGACAUGAGACCAACCCACCUCUUGGCAAAAAUGAGAGAAUUGUCUGCCGGUUUGGGCGUUGACAACAACCUAUUGAAAAUGCUUUUUAUUCAACGUCUUCCGCUAAAAAUACGACCGGUAUUAGCCUGUCAUGACGGCACCAUUGAAAAGCUCGCGGAAAUGGCGGAUAAAAUCACGGAUACUGCUACUAAUCCGUUAUCCGCAGCAGGGAUAGCACACAACGAACCAGAAUCCAGACACGAUAGCAAAUUAUUGGAGCAAAUAGAAUACCUUACAGCAGAAAUUCGUCAGCUCAAAACUUCCAAGUACAACCGAGGCAGAUCUACUUCACGAAGCCAAAGAGAUUCACGCUCGUCAUCGGGAUCUAGGAUGUGCUGGUACCAUCGGAAGUAUGGGAACGAUGCUCAACAAUGUCUUGACACUGGAUCAGACGUUUCGAUCUUGCCGGCUUCUAGGAAGGACCGCGUUGAAGGUAUUAAAACUCAGCAACUGUAUGCCGCCAACGGCAGCCGCAUUCGAACGUUUGGAACGAAAUUGCUAUCCACGGAUCUUGGGUUAAGACGUAAAUUUACCUGGAACUUCCUGAUCGCUGAAGUGACGGUACCAAUAAUUGGAGCCGAUUUUUUGGCCCACUUUGGUAUACUCGUUGAUCUCAAAAGCCAAAAACUAAUAGACGGAAAAACGGGUUUAAACUCCUCUGGUGGUAUGAUAACUGCUGAUCAGCAUAGUAUCACAAUUGUGAACACCGGUCAUCCUUUUCGAAAGUUGCUUGAAGAGUUUCGGGAAAUUACUCUCCCUUCGACAAUGCGCUCUGUGUCACAGAGUGACGUAACUCACCACAUUGUUACUCGUGGCCCACCGGUAGCGUCAAAAGUACGACGGAUGCAUCCUGAUAAAAUCAAAGCAGCCAAAGAAGAGUUUCGACUUAUGUGUGACCUGGGAAUCUGCAGACCAUCAAGCAGCAGUUGGGCGAGCCCUCUACAUUGCGUACCUAAAAAGAAUGGACAAUGGCGCUUCGUUGGAGAUUACCGGCGUCUUAAUCAGGCCACAGCACCUGAUCGCUACCCGGUCCCGCACAUUCACGAUCUGUUGAAUUUGCUGCACGGUAAGUCCGUUUUUACAACCCUCGAUUUGGAGCGAGCAUACCACCAGGUUGCAGUAGAGCAGGCAGACAUUCCGAAAACAGCGGUCAUCACGCCGUUUGGCUUGUUUGAAUUCACCCGCAUGCAAUUUGGGUUAUGCAACGCAAGUCAAACCUUCCAACGCUAUAUGAAUCGCAUUUUUGGUGACCUAGAUUUUGUUGUCGUCUUCAUAGAUGAUAUAUGCAUCGCCUCUGAAUCCCUGCAGGAGCACCAGAAGCAUCUGAGAAUGGUCUUCGAACGCUUAAGGCAGCACGGACUCGUGAUCAACUUGGAGAAAAGUGUGUUUGCCCAGAAGGAAGUGAAGUUUCUCGGAUACCUAGUCAACAAUGACGGAGUACGCCCGCUACCAGCCCGCGUUCAAGCGGUUUUAGAAUACAAGAAGCCUUCCACGGUUAAGGACCUCCGACGAUUUCUAGCACUUAUCAACGGCUACAAACGCUUUAUACGCCACGCUUCCCACAUCCAAGCUGAGCUUCAAAAGCUUAUCAUCGGCAACAGAAAAAACGAUGUUCGUAAAUUGAACUGGACAGAUGCUGCCGUGUUAAGUUUCGAGCGUUGCAAAAAAUCGUUGGCGGAAGCCUCUCUUCUUCAUUAUCCCGAUUCGUCCAAACCGCUCGCUUUGAAUGUAGAUGCAUCAAAUAUUGCGGCUGGAGCCGUCCUGCAGCAAUUAAGAGAUGGAGUGUGGGAACCUGUAGGAUUUUUUUCGGAAAAAUUUUCCAAGUCACAGCUUAAGUACUCCACUUUUGGACGAGAAUUAACUGCAAUGAAAAUGGCUGUGAAGUACUUCCGGCUGUUCCUGGAAGGACGCAGUUUUACAAUCUUUACCGAUCACCGUCCACUGACUUACGCGUUGACAACAGAAUCUAACUGUCGGUUGCCACAUGAAGAACGCUAUCUGCGUUUUAUAUCACAGUUCACAACGGAUAUUCAGUACCUCAGUGGAAAGGAAAACCACGUCGCCGAUGCACUGUCUCGCGCCGAAAGUGUUGCCGCUGUUUCAAUAAAUUACGAAGAAAUCGGACGCGAACAAAAAUCUGAUCUUGAACUAAAACAGCUGAUGAAGUCGUCAUCCACCUCAUUAAGGAGAUUCAUUAAGAAUCGGCUAUCCGUAGCACUGAUCCCGGAACCAUGGGUCCACGACACUAGGAUUCUUGGCUUACCCACGCUAAUGAGUUCAUCCAACGGGAUUUGGUUGCCAUUGCGGUGGAAGUCUCAACGACUAACGGCACCCCAGAGAUGGUCGUUGCCUCCGCUUAUAUCCCGGGGGACGUGUCACAGCGCUUGUGCCGUUCUGCUGAAGCAUCAACAAGCCACUCGUUGUCGGCUGCGAUGCCAACGCGCACCACAGUCUGGGGCAGCUUGGAUGUCAACACACGAGUUGAUGGAAAAAUCACGGAUCCGCAGCGAGUUUCUGAAAGAGUUACUCUCGCAAUGGGGUAAGACUGAGCUUCAGCAACGAGACCAAAUAUCAUGGAAUCAUUCUGGACAAAAAGCUGAACUGGACUGCUCAACUAGACUACGCCAUAAAGAUGGCAACUUCAGCGAUCUGGGCUUGCAGUACACUGUUCGGCAAGGCCUGGGGGUUCAAACCACAAUUAGUGCUCUGGUCUUACAUCACCAUUGCUUGGCCACGUAUAACCUACGCAGCCCCAGUAUGGUGGCCCAAGUUACCAGUGCCCUGCGCACAACGCCGACUGCAGCCAUGGAAGCCAUGCUCAACUUACAGCUUCUACAUCUCCUUGUGAAUAAGGAGGCAGAGCUUGGCGCACUAAGGCUGCGAAGAUAUACAACGAUGCUUGAAGGUGACCUAACGGGUCAUCCAACUCUUUCAGGAUGUUCAAGCGAGAACCUUGAGUAA